GAGGAGCAGUCGGGAGCGCGCUGUGUUGACGGACGCGAGUGACUGGAGAGGCAACAUGUCCACCACAGCCGCCGCGCAGCUUAACAACAAUGAAGAACCGGGCCUCAACGGGUCCUGGGUGGAGCUGGAGAUGAAUGGAAACACUCAGCAUCAGAGCCCCUCGCUGCAGGAGAAUGGGAACCAAGGCGAGUCCCAGGCUUCACAGGCCCUGGAGGCCGUGCAGGAGGAAGAAGAGGUCCUGACAGGAGGACUGGAGCAUGUGCCUUCCUCCUCCUCCAUCCAUAACGGAGACAUGGAGAAAAUCCUGCUGGACGCUCAACACGAGUCCAGUCCCAGCAGCUCGUCCUGCAACAGUCCUCCACGGCCACACAGUCCUGACCAGGACGAGGGUCAGAUCAUGUUUGAUGUGGAGAUGCCCAGCGAGAGAGACUGUCAGUCAGAAGAUGACAGUAUGGAGAAGGACAAAGAAGACGAUAUCCUCAUGAAUAAAGGAGAGAGUUGGGUUGCAGACUGGUCCAGUCGACCAGAGAAUAUUCCCCCGAAGGAGUUUCACUUCCGCCACCCGAAGCGUUCUGGAUCCGUGUCGCUGAGCAUGAGGAAGAGUGGCGCCAUGAAGAAAGGAGGAGUGUUUUCUGCUGAGUUCCUCAAAGUGUUCAUGCCCUCACUGCUGCUCACACACAUUCUGGCUCUGGGACUCGGGGUCUACAUUGGCAAGAGGUUGUCUACACCCCCCAGCAGCUCGUUUUAAACCCGGAUCAGAUGCCAGUGCCUGAACGCCCGUCAUUACCGCGGUGGCCAAUCCUGUGACCAUUCCCCCCUCUAUCUCUCUCUCUCUGUCUUUCUCUAAAAUCCCGUUUCCCACCCCAUCCCUCUGUCCGCCUACAGCUGUGUCGCACUUUCUUGCCUUUUUACACGUUUUUAUUUGAGCUUGUGCUGUAAUUAUUCCUACUACACAAACUUAAAUCUUCAGACAACACUUCACCGCUACAGGCUUUGUUUUCGCAUGACACUCUUCAUAUGCAACUUAGAGUCUUUGCGUGAUUCUGGAAGUUUCUAUUUCACAUGUUAUAGUGCCAUCUUUGCAAGUAUGUUGUCUCUUGAUAGGAAAUUUAGAUGUCGUUUCAUCCUAGAGAAGUAAAUCUAGCUCAUUUAAAGGGAUAGUUCACCCAGAAAUGAACAUUUACUCAUUAUUUACUCUCGUUCAAGUGGUUAUGAACCAGUUUCUUUCUGUUGAAAAUAAAAGAUGAUUUGAAGGAAGCUGAAAAUCUGUAAAGUCUUCCAAAGUAGAAAAAACAGAUACUAUGGAAGUCAAUGGUUACCGGUUUUCAGCAUUCUUCUAAAUAUCUUCUUUUGUGUCUAACAGAAGAAGAUCCUACAGGUUUGAACAAGUAAAAGAUGACAGAAUUUACAUUUUAAGUGAGCUAUCCCUUUAAUUCUCUUCAUAAAUGCAUGCUUUUAUAGCAAAGCAAUGGCUUAUAUCUGACCAAAUCUUCGUUUCUGUAUGUCAGUGCACUCGUUGCAUUGUGUUGGACUGUUAUGACAGAUAUUUCCAGACCUAUUUUUGCGUAGAAUGUAAACUUUUAGAAGUUCCUUGGUUCAUUUGAAUGAUCUAGUAUGACAGACUCACUAAUAUCGCAGCGACGUUACUUUCACAAUACAUGUUUUUCUAAUGCAAAGAUGAUCAGCAUGGACGUACAUCUGUUUAAGAGCCAACUGGUCAGGUUAGUUGUUACACACUUACACAAACACACCGAUAUUCUGGUUUGCCUUGAUGCAUAUCUUUUCUCGCAGCAGUUUCUGACUCUGUAUCUUUGUGCCAAAGGGUUUUCCACCGCAAAACCAGUCCUUUGCACUGGACUCGGUCUGGUUUGGGUGGGUUAUUUACCUGUCGGUCACUCCACUCUGACACAUUACAAGGCCUUUGGUUUUACUGUGAACACCCUGUUUAUAUUAGUCAGUGUUUCUAUAGUUGUGUAUUAUACGCUGUUGUGUGUGUACUUUUGUCAACAGAUUCACACUUCCUGUAUAUAUUUUUAUGCAAUGUCGGUGUAGCUUUACUGAUGAAAGUUCUAGUUUAGAAACGUUUACACAGAAAAUCUGUCAUGAAUAUGUCCAGGUCGCCUGUGAAAUAAUUAUUAAUCAUUUUGGCUGAUUUUAUUUUCACUUCUAAAGAAGAAAGCUAGGGUUUAAAGACAUCUGAGCUGAUCUUUUUAUGAUUAUUAAGCCAGUUUUUCCCUUAUUAUUUUGCAAAGAUUAUUAUAAAUUGUGUAUAUGUAGACAUUUUUAUUUAUAUUUUAUGUUUGUUGCCUUUAAAAACAGAAAAAAAGUAGAUAUAUAAGAAAUUUGGAUGGAUGUAAUUCAUGCAGAAUUUACAAUAUAUAUAAAUGUAUUCAACUGAUGCUGCUUUUGUUUAUUUGCAAUUGUUUUACAGUAUUAAUCAAAUUGAAGUCUUAAAAAUAAUGUCACGAUAAAAAAAGAAAUAUUACUGCAUUGGUCACAUACAUUAUACAUUCAUAUAUAUAUUACUAUUAUUUAUAUUUCAUAUUUGUUGUCUUCAGAAACCGAAAAAAGUAAAUAUAUGAGAAUUUUUGGAUGGCGGUAGUCAUAAAUAUUAAUAUUUAUUUCAUGCAGCAUUAGCAGUUGUAUAUAAAUGUAUUCAACUGAUGCUGCUUUUGUUUAUUUGCAAUUGUUUUACAUUACUAAUCAAACUGAAGUCCUAAAAAUAAUGUCACGAUAAAAACAGAAAUAUUACUGCAUUGGUCAUAUACGUUAUAAUAUUUAAUACUUUCUGAUAUAUAUUACUAUUAUUUAUAUUUCAUAUUUGUUGCCUUCAGAAACCGAAAAAGGUAAAUACAUGAGAAUUUUUGGAUGGCGGUAGUCAUAAAUAUUAAUAUUUAUUUCAUGCAGCAUUAGCAGUUGUAUAUAAAAAUAAUCAAUUAAGACUGCUUAUGUUUAUUUUUUAAUUGUUUUACAAUACUUUUAUCAAAUUGAAGUCCUAAAAAUAACAUCACAAUAAAAAAUAUGAAUGGCUGCAUUAGUUAAAUACAUCAUAAUAUAUAAUAAUUUCUAAUCUAUAUUCAUAUUAUUUAUGUUUGUUGCCUUCAGAAACCAAAAAAAAAGUAAAUAUAUGAGAAUGUUUGGAUGGCGGUAAUCAUAAAUAUUUAUAAUUAUUUCAUGCAGCAUUUACAGUUGUAUAUAAAUGUAUUCAAUUGAUGCUGCUUAUGUUUAUUUUUAAUUGUUUUACAGUACAUUUAUCAAAUUGAAGUCCUAAAAAUAAAGUCACAAUAAAAAAUAUGAAUGGCUGCAUUAGUCAUUGACAUUAUAAUAUAUAAUAAUUUCUAAUAUAUAUUACUAUUAUUUAUAUUUCAUGUUUGUUGGCUUCAGAAACCAAAAAAAAGGAAAUGUAUGAGAAUUUUUGGAUGGUAGUAAUCAUAAAUAUUAAUAAAUAUUUCAUGCAGCAUUUACAGUUGUAUAUAAAUGUAUUCCAUUGAUGCUGCUUAUGUUUAUUUUUAAUUGCUUUACAGUACAUUUAUCGAAUUGAAAUCCUAUUAAUAGUCACAAUAAAAAAGAUGAAUGACUGCAUUAGUUAUACAGUUUUGUUUAUUUAUAAUAAAUAAUACUUUGUAAUGUAUAUUACUAUUAUUUAUAUUUAAUGUUUGUUGCCUUCAGAAACCAAAAAAAGGAAAUGUAUGAGAAUUUUUGGAUGGCUGUAAUCAUAAAUAUUAAUAAUUAUUUCAUGCAGCAGUUUCAGUUGUGUAUAUAAAUGUAUUAAAUUAAUGCUGCUUAUAUUUAUUUUUAAUUAAUUAUUAUUUAUUAUUAUUUAAUUAUCAAAUUGAAGUACUAAAAGUUAUGAAAAUAAAAAAAUAUUCAUAAAAUAUAAUAAUUUCUAAUAUAAAUUACAAUUAUUUAAAUAUUAUAUAUAAUUUAGUUUGUUGUUUUAAAGAGUAAGUAAAAGAUGUAACCUGGACAUUUUCAUGACAGGUUAUCGUUCACCCUGACAGUAUCUAACAACACCUUUAGAUAGACCUUAACUUUGCAAUUAAAUAAGCUACCUUAAGCAGUUAGCAAGCCACCGUUUGCAUUUUCAUUGUGCCACACUUUACUACUUUCGCUGUGUUUUCCUGCUUUUUUUUCCUGUGUCGGAGGGGAGGUGGAAAUACAAGAGGCCAAUUUAGAGUCAUUUCAGCCGUGCCUGGACUUUUGUUUCAUUCUGAGCCCUAUUGCAUGCGUGUGUUCAGAAAACCCACAUCGGGAUGAGUGACGGAGGGGACGUUUUUAAUUGAGAACUGUGAAUGGAAUAGGUGUAGCACAUGCCAGAUAAGAUAAACUAACCCUGCUUGAUCCGUGUCAGGCAGGAUCACAAUACCAGAUGUUUUACGCACAUUCUUUUUAUUAUUUCAUUCUCUGUUAUAUCUCUCUUUUGUUGUUUGGAUUUGUGCUUUAAUCAAGAGUGUGCAUUCUGGAGGGCGGGGCCCUCGUUUGAUUGACAGCUCCAGCAUAUGUUUCGUUUGAAUUCCAAUAGAGACUGGAGUGAUGAAGCGAAGAACAUGAAGUUCCUUGUGUUUAGAGGAAAACUGAUAUUAAAAUAUAACCUGACAUUCA